AUGUCGUACCAGCAGCACCAACCACAACUCUCGGUAAACUCAGUGCAGUCGCUUGUUGAACCAACAACGCCGCCGCUGGGCCAGAUGAGCAACCGCCAGAAUCACCAACGUGCACAAUCGCUUGAUCUCUCUGGAUUCAACCAAUUCAUAGCUGGAAAUUCGCCCAUGAUGCCCAUGUCACUGUCUCCAUCGACUCCAUCUGCGAUCGGUCCCAUGGGACUUGGAUGUUCGCUUGGUGGCAUUCCCGGUGCAAUAUCAAUUCCGCAAUCGCUUUCCAGCUCUUUCGGAGCCCCGCCGAAUACCACAGAUAUUCCAAAUCCGUCUCUUCCAGCGGCAACUGCCACGGUAACGAAUUCAGGCCCAAAUGGGAGAUCCAAAUUUGGCUCUAUGCCCCUGAUAAGUGAACUCGAUCUCUCAUCCGGUCCGAAUCAGCCGCUAGCGGCAGCAGACCUCGCACAUUCCAACUCUCGAGUCUCGCUUCCCCUCCGCACUGUGAGCGGCUCGACUACGUCGUCCUCAAUUUCAACUGGUAACUCACUGGCGAACUCGAUUAUGAACACCGAAAGCGGGAAUGCCAGUUCCGGUCUUGCCCCUGUCGAGCUCAGCCUUAUCCCGUUAGAGGAUUUAGAUUACGUCAAGCUUGCAACAGAUCAAUUUGGCUGUCGGUUUCUACAAAAAAAACUAGAAAACGCCCAAGAAUCUCAAACUGUGCGCGAUAUCAUGUAUCAACAACUACAGCCCUUCUUUUUGGAUCUCAUUUUGGAUCCGUUUGGCAACUAUCUCGUACAAAAACUUUGCGAGUACUUGACCUCGGAUCAAAAGACGAAACUCAUUCAGAGUAUCUAUCCCAACGUCUUUCAAAUUUCCGUAAAUCAAUACGGCACUCGUUCUCUGCAAAAAAUUAUCGAUUCCGUUGAUACAGAAGCCCAAAUAGACAUGAUCAUUUUGGGGUUUUCAAAGCAGUACACUUCCAUUGAGCAAGUAGUAGUGUUGAUCAACGAUCUAAAUGGCAAUCACGUGGUCCAAAAAUGCAUAUUCAAGUUCCCACCUUCAAAAUUUGACUUCAUUAUCGACGCUAUUGUCGAAAACAACAAUAUCAUCAAUAUAUCGACCCACAAGCAUGGAUGUUGCGUCUUGCAGAAGCUACUAAGCGUCUGUACUCUGCAACAAAUUUUCAAGAUUUCCGUCAGAAUUGUUCAGUUUCUUUCUGGCCUGAUAAACGAUCAAUUCGGCAAUUAUAUCAUUCAAUUUCUUUUGGACAUCAAAGAACUGGACUUCUAUUUACUACGGGAAAUCUUUGAUAGAUUAUCGACCGAGCUCUGUCAGCUAUCAUGUUUGAAAUUCUCAUCUAACGUUGUCGAGAAGUUUAUCAAAAAACUUUUCGCAAUUGUUCAAGGGUUUGUGAAUUCUAAAACUCCUAAAGGCAUCGAUGAUGUCACAUCUACUGCAAUGAGCAUUUUGCUCACGACGGUGGAUAUUUUCACUGUGAACUUGAACGUCCUUAUUCGGGACAAUUUCGGUAACUACGCACUUCAGACUAUGCUCGAUGCGAAGAAUUAUUCUCAUUUCUUAGAAUACCCUCAGAGAGCAUAUGUGGCUCGGUCAGUCGAAUGCUUGCGAUUCAGUCAAGAGUUUGCAUUGAAAAUUGGAAAUUUAGUAAUUCUCACCAAGGAGCUUUUGCCUAGCAUAAAGACAACUUCUUAUGCCAAGAAGAUCAAAAUGAAAGUGAAGACAUACGCCGAAUUGACUGGAAUCGCUUUCACGGACCUUUCUCCAAAGAAAACCAGCAAUAACGCUAACCCUAACGCUUAUCAAAGCAACUAUCAUAGAAAACAGCAUUCACGCAAUUUAUCGUUGCCUGCAAAUGCCUUCCGUCAUCGCAGAAUGAGUAGCUCCACAUCUAUGUCUAAUGGGAUGAAACCUCCUUAUUCUGUUCAAUCUUAUACCCCAAGUAUCAAUGGAUACGGCGUCAUGGACAACGCGGUCGCACAACAAGGUUCCUCACCUUACAGUAACACACCAACUCGGGCUUUAUCAACCAGAAGGCAGGGCCCUCAGCGUUACUAUAACGAGCAUAACAAGUCUGAUAAUAGUAUUGUAACUCAACCCCCUCUCGCCAUGAACAAUUCAUACUACGCGGUUCCUUACGUUACCGGAGCUCAAAGCACCAAUGCACUGCGUGAAUCUCAACCUUCACAAUUGCAAGGGCCUCCUCAGCCAAAUCCCUCUUCGCAAUAUGUGGGGUUCACCUCUUUGCCAACAUUAGGAUCCGCCUCAGAGGGGCCUCAAGGCACAAUGAACAACCAAAACAUAUACGAUUUGGGUUUCGAUUUCAUACCUCAUUGA